GGGCGUAUUCAUAGUCCGUUUUUAUUCCAAAAUUACUUUGGUAACUAGUAGUAGUGUACGUCAUAUUCGUUCCACACAGUUAACGCGGAGCCGCGUCUUCAUCAGUCUCCAUUCUAUCAGAUUCAUCACUGGUUGCCUACGAGAUAUAUUUGUGACAUAUUUGCGACAUCGAGAUUCGGAAGUUUGGAAUGCAGACAAAUUACACGUGGAAUACUCGAGAUGUCCCAGGAAGUAAAUUUGUUGCAUUGUUAUCACCGUGGUUGCGGAAAGAAAUUUGAUCCAAGUGACAAUAAGGAUGAUGAUUGUGUACAUCAUCCAGGACAUCCAAUAUUUCACGAUGCAUAUAAAGGAUGGUCCUGUUGCAAUAAAAAAUGUACAGACUUUACCGAGUUUUUGAACAUUAAGGGUUGCACAAAGUCGAAGCAUUCAAAUGAAAAACCAAUAGAGCCAGAGAAGCCUGCCGUUGAUAAAUCUGAAAUUGACAAAGUAAUAGAGGUUAUUUCUAAGCCUCUGAAUAAUAAACCAUCUUUGAAAAGGCCUUCUUUUGAUGUUCCCCAAUUCACACUAUCGCCGACAAUAUCUCCUAUCUUGUUAGAACAAAUCAAAGGAUUGACAGCUUUAGAGAUUGACAAAUCGAUAGAAAACAUAGUGCAAGUAGGACAAAGUUGUAAAAACAAUUCGUGUAAAGGGACUUACAAAGGACCAACUUCUGAGGAAGAAACCUGCAGCUAUCAUUCCGGAGUACCUAUUUUUCACGAAGGACUGAAAUAUUGGUCCUGUUGUCGAAAGAAAACAACAGAGUUUUCUGUGUUUUUGGAGCAACCAGGCUGUACACGAGGCAAGCAUAUGUGGUUUUCAGAGAAUACAGGAAAAAAGGAUGUACAAUGUAGAAUGGAUUGGCAUCAAACGGGAACAUAUGUAGUUGUUUCUGUGUAUGCAAAGAAAUAUCUGCCCAGUCAAUCUUUUGUAAAAUUAAAUCCCAUCCAUCUGACUGUCGAUUUAUUCUUUGUGGAGGAAAACUCAAGAUACAAUCUUGACAUAGAAUUGAGAGGAAUUGUUGACGUCGAGCAAAGUUCUGUAAGUAUGCUGCCGACCAAAGUAGAAAUCAAACUAAAAAAGGCAAAUCUUGGUUCAUGGUCAAAGUUAGAUAUUCCUAGAGAAACAAAUUCAGAAACUUCUGAAAGCAGGGAAGACGCUGCAAUUCUUAAUACACAGAUUGAUGCUGUGGACCUUAGUGAUCUUUAAGUGUUAAUAUUCUUUAAUUGUAAAAAGACUUGUAGCUCUAUGACAUUGAGGUAAAUCGUAACAAUUUAUUUUUCUGGAAUAAUUUAUUCCAAUUUAAAAGAGCUUUCCCUGUGAAAGAUUUCAUUCUGUUCAUUUUGUUUUGGCAAAAUAAUUUUAAAUACAAUAGAAAUCGUAUUAUUUGUGUUACUUUUAAAUCGAAAAAUUCAGCCA